AUGUCCAGGUUCCCUUCUCCGCAUUCGCUCGAUGAACAAGCGAAGCGUCUCGCCGCCCAGGAUCGGGAAGAGAACGGGGAUGGCCUGCCAAGUGCGGACUCUAACGACUCCAACGGCAUCGCCGAGGAGAGUUCAUGGCGGUACCUCGUCUCUGUCCUCCUGGAUGAGAUAGACAUCAACAGCCAUCCAUGGGACAUCCAGGUGACCCUUUCUUCCGACAUGACCAUGCAUCCAGGUGAUCUUUGCGCAGACAGUGCAGCUAGACUACUGGGAAUUGAGGAGAUGGGCAUGCCCUGGUUCAGAGGGUUAGCGCGCGACUAG